AUGGACUCGAACAACAACAACAACACUGAACUGAACACCACGUGGCCGGCGGUUGUGACCACAGACAAAUACCAGGAUUCUCUCAGAUCGCUGUCAUGGGACGACGCCACCUGGAUUCUAACCAGCGCAUUUAUCAUCUUCACCAUGCAGUCAGGGUUUGGUCUGCUCGAGUCUGGAGCCGUGUCCGGUAAAAACGAGGUGAACAUCAUGGUUAAAAACGCUGUGGACGUUGUGUUCGGGGGCAUUACUUACUGGACGUUUGGUUUCGGGGUCAGCUUUGGCACAGACCCUGGCACAAACCCCUUCAUUGGGAUCGGCUACUUCCUGCUGGACCCCCCAGAAGAGGAGAUGGGGGAGAUCUUCACCACUUUCGUCUUCCAACUGUCAUUCGCCACGACGGCCACGACGAUCGUGUCCGGAGCAAUGGCGGAGAGAACCCGACUGACGUCAUAUAUCUUCUUCUCCUUCCUCAACACUGUCAUCUACUGUUUUCCGGCACACUGGGUGUGGGGACAUAACGGAUUCCUCCGUACUCUUGGCUGUAUUGACAUUGCCGGCUCUGGGGUGGUGCAUGUGGUAGGAGGGACAGCGGGACUGGUGGCCACCAUCAUGUUAGGACCCCGCAGUGGGAGAUUCGACAAGGGGAAAGCCGCACCUCCCAUGGGUAACCCAGCUAACGCCCUUAUUGGCAUGUUCAUGCUGUGGUGGGGUUGGCUUGGCUUUAACUGCGGCAGCACCUUUGGAAUAUCAGGCGGGAAAUGGAAGCUGGCGGCAAGGUCGGCAGUGACCACACUGAACGCCUCCAUGGGGGGUGGAUGUUUAGGGAUCAUCCUCAGCUACAUCAUAAAGAAGGGUAAAUACGACGUAAGCUACCUUGUGAACUCUGUGCUGGGGUCAUUGGUCGGGAUCACGGCCAGCUGUGCUGUUGUCAGGCCCUGGGAAGCCUUCAUUAUCGGCGGGAUCGGGGCCCUAUGUACAGUCGCUGGACUAGAGAGCCUGGACCGUUUGGGUGCGGACGAUCCCGUAGGUGCCGUAGCCACCCACGCUUUUGCUGGUGCUUGGGGAAUGCUUGCCGUGGGAUUCUUCGUAGACAUCGACACCUUGCAGGAUUUCACCUUAGGCCGGAAGGGCCUGUUUCACGGGGGUGGGGCCUACCUCUUGGGCAUCCAAGCUCUGUCCACCAUCACACUGGCUGCAUGGAGCGCCUUCAUUACAUUCCUACUUUUACUUGGAAUCAAGAAGACGAUCGGAUUGCGUGUGGAUCCUCUAGAAGAAAGGCUCGGCGCAGACUUUGUGGAACACGAUAUUGGAGUGGACACUGAUUCACUGGUGGCGUCUCUGUCCAGGCCAUCCAUCGUCCGUCACGCACUGGACACUGGGAAACGUUACUCCCAGCAGAUGCCUACAACGCCGGCUGUCAUCAACUUGGAGGACGAAGAGUGGGACAUCCGGGUCACGCGUAAAGACAGCUUACGCAAGAGCAAUAAAACUGACAUUUCUCAGCUGCCAUACACUAUUGAACAGUGA